AUGAGUUACGCCUACCCACGCAAUAUAGGUGCUUCUACCCUUCCUUCUUUUACAUCUUCAAAAACUCCAACCGAUUUUGAUCGCCCAUGGAAUGGUCUUCAAGGAGUCGCAAAGCAGUGGAUCACGGAAGGAGCCAAUAAUAUUCGAAUGGUGAGACCUCGCGACAAACAUGAUCUCUGGAGGUCCGCAACACUUCUUUUCAAGCGCACAUUUACCAUUACCAAUGCUGUGAUUUUACUUUGGGUCUUCACGUUGUGGUGGGGGGAGCGAACGGUCUUUCGAGAAAGCAUAAAGGCUUGUGCUUGGGAGAACUGGGAGAGCUGGCCUCAAGGUGCAACACCGCAUCACGUCGCGUUUGUCGCUGACCCACAACUCGUCGAUCCUCAUACCUACCCCGGCCGCCCAUGGCCACUCUCAACCUUGACUGUACAGUAUACUGAUCAGUAUCUCCGUCGCUCAUUUUCGGCUAUUCAAAAUAACUUGGUUCCCGACUCAGUAUUAUUUCUUGGCGAUCUCUUCGACGGUGGGAGGGAGUGGGCUACCAGCACAACUACUAGUCCGGAGGAACGUUAUAAGGGGUACACAGAUUCUUUUUGGAAGAAGGAGUAUGUGCGCUUCAUGAAGAUCUUUUUGGAUCCUUGGCUCAAGCAAAACGAGUCUCCUGUGGAUGGACGCGGUCGUAAAUUGAUCGCAAGCUUGCCAGGAAACCACGAUUUGGGAUUUGGCAAUGGGAUUCAAGAGCCAGUACGAGAUCGCUUCGAGGCCUAUUUCGGACAAGGUAAUCGGUUGGAUGUCAUUGGAAACCACACUUUUAUUUCGGUGGACACGGUAUCUCUGAGUGCGAUGGACCAACCGGACCCCCAGACCGGCAGCUCCAGCUCCAGCUCCAGCUCCAGCGACGACAAUCUCCCUCGACCGAUUUGGAAAGAUUCAUAUGACUUCCUCAAUGACAUGCCUGCAUCCCGUGCAAAGGCUGAGAGGAAUGAACUCAGGAUGCUGCAAAACCAGCCCGAGGGCAUUCAGUUCGAUUAUCGCGUCGUAGAUGUGGUGGAACCCUCCAUGCAUCACAAUACUCCGGAGACUCCCCUGCAGCUCCCGACCAUUAUCCUCACACAUGUCCCCCUCUAUCGCAAACCAGGCACGCCCUGUGGUCCUCUUCGAGAGCACUACCCCCCUUCAUCGGCCACCGAGGAAUUGGAAGAGGAUGAACCCAAUUCGCUAAGAAUUGCGGGUGGUUAUCAGUAUCAGAAUGUACUGACUCCGAAAAUUUCGGCGGAGGUGGUUUCUAAAGCGGGGCCCAACGUGGUGCAAGUUUAUUCUGGGGAUGACCAUGACUACUGCGAAUUGAUCCAUCGAGAAUUCAACGGCUCUCCCAAUGAGAUUACCGUGAAAAGUAUAUCUUGGGCAAUGGGGGUUCGCCUACCUGGUUUUCUGAUGACUAGUCUAUGGAAUCCUCUUGACCCAGCGACUGGAGAGCCCACCCUGAAGGGAUCCUCCCCGACCAUCCAAAACCACCUGUGUCUUCUUCCCGACCAACUCGGUAUUUUCAUUCACUACGCGUGUACCUUGCUGUUCAGCGUUGCAGUUUUGUUCAUUACUUCUGUCUACCAUGCAUUUAUUGCCCCGGUGCCAACCUCAUCUAAUGGCUCGCUCCUUCCCCUCUCCGAAAAACGCCCAGAAAGUUCUCAUCGCCAGUGCCCAACAUCCGGUAUGUCCAGCUCCACUUUGUCUGGUCCAGGCGGCCUGGCUGGCCGUGGCGGGAGCACCGUCUUACCCCGCCGUUACUCCGGUGCUCAACCUUCCCAGCAUGCUUAUUGGGCCCUAGAUCAAGAUGAAUAUUUGACGAGUACGUCAAAGAACAAGGGACUUUACCGCCCAGCGCGGGCUCAUGGCUUCCGCCAAAAAUGUGGCCACUUGACUGGAGAAAUCCUCCAGUCCGUCCGGGUGGUUGGUCAGGUUGUCUUACCUAUUUAUUUCUUUUUGAUCUGGCGCUGGUAG